AAAACUUGCCCCUUUCAAAAACUUUCUAUUUUCCAAAACAUUUCUUUCAUUAUUUCCAUUCUUUUUCCAUUUUCGUAAUUUUCUUGAUCCGUCUAUACAUACAUAUAUACAUAUUUAUAUUUAUACAUAAUAACAAUAUAAUAUCCAUCAACCACCUUUAUUCCGUCGUAAACCACCGUCAAAAACCGUCAGGCUAUGUCCACCAAUGGCAAGAUAAUCCGAUCAAUAAUCACACGUGUCAAUUCAUCACCAUUUCUCACCACGCCGAAAUUCCGUUCCGCCCAAAGAACAACCAUCAUAACCACCGCCACAACCACGCUGCCAUCACGUGACACAUCACCCACCACACCCACAAAUGUUCACAGCGUGAUCAACACCACACGUGACGACGAAACAAUCUUUGAUUUCAAUGACACAAAAGGGCUGUUCUCAUCGGUAAAAACAGGGAAACUUUUACGGUCGGCGGCUAACCUUAAUUUAGCGGCUGUGGGCCCGGUUGUUGAUAUGGGCAUGUGGGUCAUGAAGUCAAAACUUAUGGAAGUUGGUUUGGUUAAAGAUGUGAUAAUGAAUGUGAUUAAACAUACUUCUUAUGAACAUUUUGUUGCGGGUUCGGAUUUAAAUGAAACGGGUCGGACUGUAAAGAAGUUAUGGGAAUCCGGGUUGAGAGGGAUGUUGGAUUAUGGGCUGGAACAUGCUGUUGAUAAUCAAUCUUGUGAUCAGAAUGCACAACAGUUUAUUCAAACUGUUGAAUCUACACAAUUCUUGCCACCUUCUUCUGUCAGCUUUGUGGUUGUAAAGAUCACAGCAAUAACUCCAGUUUCUCUACUAAAAAGAGUGAGUGAUCUUCUUAGAUGGGAAUACAAGAAUCCAACAUCCACAAAUCUUCCAUGGAAGCUUAAAGCCCUUCCGAUUUUUUCAGAAUCCAGCCCAUUUUACCACACUUUAGAAAAGCCCACACCUCUAACUGCCCAAGAAGAACAUGAUCUUGAAUUAGCCCAUCAAAGACUAAUCAACAUUUGUAACAAAAGUGUAGAGUGCAAUGUACCUGUAGUCAUUGAUGCAGAAGAUACUUCAAUCCAACCGGGUAUCGAUUACUUUACGUAUUCGGCUGCUGUUAUGUACAACAAAGGCGAAAAGGCCAUGAUUUUCGGCACAAUUCAAGCAUAUUUGAAGGAUGCUGGUGAAAGGAUGUUUGAAACCAAGAAAGCUGCUGAUAAAAUGGGAUUGCCAGUUGGUUUUAAGCUUGUUAGAGGUGCUUAUAUGUCGAGUGAAAGCCAGUUGGCGAAUUCGUUAGGGGUCGAAUCGCCGAUUCAUAAUAGUAUUAAUGAGACACACAAUUGUUACAAUGGGUGUGCUUCAUUUAUGCUUGAUGAGGUCUCUAAUGGUCCUGGUGGUCUCAUUCUUGCAACCCAUAACCUUGAAUCAGCAAAACUAGCUGCACUAAAGGCACGAGAAUUGGGCAUUGGUAAAGACAGCGAAAAGCUCGAGUUUGCUUCACUAUAUGGAAUGUCAGAGGCAAUGACAUUCGGGUUAAGAAAUGCAGGAUUUGGUGUUAGCAAGUAUUUGCCUUUCGGGCCAGUUGACCAGAUCAUGCCUUAUCUUUUAAGACGAGCCGAGGAGAAUAGAGGGCUGCUGUCUUCGUCGAGUCUCGAUAGACAACUCAUGAUGAAGGAGUUGAAGAGAAGAAUGAAAGCUUAUGUUGGACAAGGUUUGGCAGAGACUGAAAGCCAAUUUACAUCAAAAGCUGGUUCUAUUGUGAAGUUAAAUUAGGGGGGAAACUGGGAAAGUGAAUGAAUUUGCAUGACCCAAUUGUCUAUUGAAGAUAACAGCAGGGGACAAGAGGACUAAUGCAAAUUGUAAAUAGUAUUUUUAGUUUGAGGGCCUCUUGCUUGCCUUUGUUAGAAAAAGAGUAAAGAAAUGUUGUUUUGGUAAAUCUAGUUAUGGUUUCCAAAUAUAUGUGGUCAUCAUAAUAAAUGGGAAAUUUGGAAUAAGUUUGUAUUCCAUUUGUUUAA